AUGGCGCCUACAGUACCAAAUCUUAAGAUCCUUCUAAAUAUAUUAUUUGUACUACUGGUCUCUAACAUCCGAUUGUCAUCAGCCGGGGAAUACUCUGGCCUCCUUUCCAAUCUCUAUAAGAAGGCAUCCGACCAGAACCGACCUCUGAUCCUCGUCCUAGACAACAAUGCCAACCGAGCCGCCAAGGAUUCAGGAUCACGAUCAUCCAGCUACAAUUCCAACUACAACUCUGACUAUGCAUCCAACAACUACAAGUCAGAUUACCAGUCGAAUAACAACUACGAAUCGAAUUACCAGAACCGAAAUGAUUUGAGCAGUUACGAAGACGACAGGAAUGAAGAUGUACCAUACCCCUUCUUAUAUCUUUAUCAAUUAGCUCAGCAGGCUUCAAAUAAGAAGGCAUUAAGCAAUUAUCAAUCAAGAAGUAACAACCGCUACAACAAUGAUAGAAGCGACAGCAACUACAGAGGAAAUAAUAGAGGCAAUAAUAGGGGUGACAACGACUACAGAGAAAACAAUAGAGGAGAUAGUGACAGCAGGGGAAAUUAUAGGAGCAACAACCGAGGCGACAACGAUUACGAAAGUAACAACAGGGGCGAUAAUGACUAUAGUAGCAGCAACAGGGGAGAUAAGAAUAACAGAGGCAACUAUAGGAGCAACAACAGAGGCGACAACGAUUACGAAAGUAACAACAGGGGCGAUAAUGAUUACAACAGUAACAACCGGGGUGACAACGAUUACAAUAACAACAACAGGGGAAAUUCCAGAAGCAACAACAGAGGAAACUCUAGAAGCAGCAACAGAGGAGAUAAUUAUUACAACAGCAACAAUAGGGGAGACAGUAAUUAUAACAGCAACAACAGGGGAGAUAAUGAUUACAAUAGUAACAACAGAGGCAACUCUAGGAACAACAACAGGGGUAACUACAGAAGCAGCAACAGAGGAGACAGUAAUUACAACAGCAACAACAGGGGAGAUAAUGACUACAGCAGCAACAACAGGGGUGACAAUGAUUACAAUAGUAACAACAGGGGUGACAAUGAUUACAAUAGCAACAACAGGGGAAACUCCAGGAGCAACAACAGAGGAAACUCUAGAAGCAACAACAGGGGUGACAAUGAUUACAACAGCAACAACAGGGGAGACAGUAAUUACAACAGCAACAACAGGGGAGAUAAUGACUACAACAGCAACAACAGGGCUGACAAUGAUUACAAUAGCAACAACAGGGGAAACUCCAGGAGCAACAAUAGGGGAAACUACAGAAGCAGCAACAGAGGAGACAGUAAUUACAAUAGCAACAACAGGGGAGAUAAUGACUACAACAGGGGUGACAAUGAUUACAAUAGCAACAACAGGGGAAACUCCAGGAGCAACAAUAGAGGAAACUCUAGAAGCAGCAACAGGGGAGAUAAUAAUUACAACAGCAACAACAGGGGAGACAGUAAUUACAACAGCAACAACAGGGGAGAUAAUGACUACAAUAGCAACAAUAGGGGAGAUAACUAUAAUAGCAACAAUAGGGCACUUAGCAACUAUGACAGCAAUAACAGGGCUGAAAAUAAUUAUAACAGCAAUGAUAGAGGAGAUAAUGAAAACCGGGGAAACUACAGAAGCAACAACAGGGGAGAUAAUGACUACAACAGCAACAACAGGGGAGAUAAUGACUACAAUAGUAACAACAGGGGUGACAAUGAUUACAAUAGCAACAACAGGGGAAAUUCCAGGAGCAACAACAGGGGUAACUACAGAAGCAGCAACAGGGGAGACAAUAAUUACAACAGCAACAACAGGGGAGACAGUAAUUACAACAGCAACAACAGGGGAGAUAAUGACUACAAUAGCAACAAUAGGGGAGAUAACUAUAAUAGCAACAAUAGGGCACUUAGCAACUAUGACAGCAAUAACAGGGCUGAAAAUAAUUAUAACAGCAAUGAUAGAGGAGAUAAUGAAAACCGGGGAAACUACAGAAGCAACAACAGGGGAGAUAAUGACUACAACAGCAACAACAGGGGAGAUAAUGACUACAAUAGUAACAACAGGGGUGACAAUGAUUACAAUAGCAACAACAGAGGAAAUUCC